AUGUCUCAACGUAAGCCCGUUUCUACUCCUGUUGCUACAUCUGGUAAACUUUGUACUAAUGUUGGUUCUCCUUGUGCUGAUCCUACAUUAUAUCGUAGUCUGGCUGGUGCUUUGCAGUAUCUUACUUUCGCUCGACCCGAUAUUUCCUAUGCUGUUCAGCAAGUUUGCCUAUAUAUGCAUGAUCCUAGAGUUGAAUAUAUGGCUACUAUUCACCGCAUUCUCCGCUAUGUCAAGGGUACUCUUCACCAUGAUCUGCAAUUGUAUCGUUCUACAAUUUCCACUCUUUUGUCCUAUACCGAUACUGAUUGGGGUGGUUGCUCUGUCACCCGCCGUUCUACCUCUGGUUAUUGUGUUUUUUUGGGUGAUAAUUUAUUUUCCUGGUACGCUAAAAGGCAGCCUACUGUCUCUAAAUCCAGUGCUGAGGCUGAAUAUCGUGGGGUUACUAAUGUUGUUUCUGAAACUUGA